AUGGAUAUUGACUAUGAUAUGAACGAGAUCUCUCUACGCGACGAAGAUAUUGAAGCUGUACCUGAGAUUAUUGUCAAUGUAAUGUCAAUAAUGAGAAAGAAGUGGGAGUAUAACAUCACUGCAUCAGCCAUGGAGUUAGAUGAAGAUACGACGAUGGAGCUGAAGGAAGGGCACGAGGGUGAUGAGGCCAGUAAUAGCUCGGACGAGGAGGAAAAUGAAGCUGACGUGCAGAGUAGUGAGAGUGAUUUGAAAGAAGAGAAGCCUCUCAGAGACCUGACUGAAAAAAAAGACGACGCUAGCAAUGCUAGACGUAUAUACACUCAGCAGGAUAUCAACAAGCUUAUUGGUCUGUUAGUUGAACAGGUACCUAUAAAGGAUGCAGCUUUAAAGACAGGAAUAAAUGAAAAAUCAUCCUACCGUAUCAAAUCGCAUUGGCAGAAAACUGGGGAGGUACCUCAACAGAAGAGAAGAGGACGCAGAAUGGGAACUGUUCCUGAGCUUACUGAGGAGCACUCAAAGUUUAUUAUCGACCUUGUUGAUGAGCGUUCAACUGCAACUGUAGCUGGAAUACACGAGUUGUUGCUCAUAGAGUUUCCAAGUCUCUCUGUAAGCCCAUCCGCAGUAUACAGACAUCUUAGGACCAGCUGCGCACUAUCUAUGUGA